AAAAGCUGGUCAAUUCAUUUGUCAUUUUUAAUUAAUUUGAGAACUGAGAGAUGUUUUCGGCGAAAUGGUCUCCAGCAAUUUAUUUAAAGGGAAAACUGAAAGGAAAGAGAUUUAUGUAUGGAUAAAAUAAUGGAAGAAGAGGAUUCUUUUCAUUCAAAUACUGAUGCAAUCAUUUACCCUAUCUCUGAUGUUUCACAAAGCUUGUUGUCAGAUCCCAACAUUGCCUCGUCGCCUUCGACGAGUGCUGACGACCAACAGCAGCAGCCGCACCAGUGGACUACUGCUGCGGCUGCUGCUGUAGGUUACAGUAACGAUGAUUUGAGUGUGUCUGUAUCUGUAUCAAGUGCAUGUUCCAGGAUUAGUUACAAACAAAUUGACAAGGACCAGAUUGAUGUUUCAAAAGCAAAGGAACGAGUCCAAUUACCCAAAGACUUCACUUCUUCAAGAAGUCGCAUUAAGGUGCAUAUGCAAGGGGUUGCUGUUGGACGAUCGGUUGACUUGACUGUAUUAAGAGGUUAUGAUGAACUUAUCAGUGUAGUUGAAGAGAUAUUUGAUAUCAAGGGAGAACUUAGCCCUAGAAUCAAAUGGCAACUUGUCUACAGGGAUGAUGAGGGUGACAUGAUGCUUGUGGGGGAUUACCCGUGGCCGGAGUUUUGUGAGAUGGUGAGGAAGUUAUAUAUAUAUUCGAGGGAAGAAGUGAAAAAGAAAUAUUCUUGACGCAAGUUAUAAAUUUGGUGAUCUAAAAAAAAAUAUAGUACUACGAUUUGUUACAUCAAUUUAUCGCCAUGAAGAAAACCAUUCUUGAUCUUGAAUACUUGAAAUGUGUAUAAACAUAUGCUUAAAUAUAACUUGUAAAGUAUAGUAAGUGCUUACAGUAAA